AUGAAGCUCCUGGAGAAGCUAGAGGACCCCGAUCGUCCUUUACUAGGACCAAACGUCAAAGCUUUGAAGUUCUGGGGGCUUCUGUUACCGGAAAGCAGAUCAAAAAAGUAUUUUUACCUAUUUAUGCAUUUCGCUGUGACUGUUUUCACUGCCACUGAAUAUAUAGACGUAUGGUUUGUUAAAUCAGACCUAGCUUUGUUAUUAAACAAUCUGAAGAUAACAAUGUUGGCGACUGUAAGCGUUUUGAAGGUUACCACUUUUUUGUUGUGGCAAAAUGCCUGGCGUGACCUCAUUGGUUACGUAUCUCGAGCUGAUUUAGAGCAAAGGGCCACUUCGGACUCGAGAAAGUUGGCUCUGAUAAACGGAUUUACCGGCUACUGCCGCAAAAUAACGUAUUAUUACUGGUUCUUGAUGUAUACGACCGUGGCAAUUGUUACAGUACAACCAAUAUUUAAGUUUUUUUCAUCAGCUGCCUACAGACUGGACGUCCAAUCUGGAAACGGUACAUACCUGCAAGUAGUAAGUUCCUGGAUACCGUGGGAUAAAAAUACUUUACCCGGAUACCUAUUGGCCUCUAUUUACCAGACAUACGCAGCCAUUUAUGGUGGAGGCUGGAUCACGUCCUUCGACACCAAUGCCAUAGUUAUAAUGGUAUUUUUUAGAGCUGAAUUGGAACUAUUGAGGAUUGAUUGUGCUGCUUUAUUUGAUGAUGAAAAAUCUUUCGGUGAUAUGGCUUUUAUGAGGAGAUUGAAAGAGUGUCAUAGAAGACAUACAGAACUUGUCAAACAUUCUCGGCUGUUCGAUUCUUGUUUGUCGCCGAUAAUGCUUCUCUACAUGUUUGUCUGCUCGGUAAUGCUUUGUGUGACGGCUUACCAAAUUACAAUAGAAACAAAUCCGAUGGAACGGUUCCUCAUGACCGAGUAUUUGGUUUUCGGCGUGGCCCAGCUAUUCAUGUACUGUUGGCACAGUAAUGAUGUUCUCUAUGCGAGUCAGGAUCUAUCCAGAGGUCCUUACGAGAGUGCCUGGUGGUCGAGAGAUGUGAAGUACCGCAAAAAUUUAUAUAUAUUGGUGGCGCAGUUUAACAAGGUUAUUGUCUUUUCCGCGGGCCCCUUCACUAAGCUUACGGUCGCCACUUUUAUCAGGAUCCUCAAAGGAGCCUAUAGUUACUACACACUGCUCAGUCAGUCGCAAAUGAAUAAAACAUGA